GAGCGUGCCCUCGGCAUGGGUACCCCCUCGCAGGGCUCGGCGGCCGUGGCGGCGGCCCGGGUCGACCUCUGCGCGCUCGACCUCAUGCCCGUCUUCGCCAAGGAGAUGGUUGCCGGCGGAGUAGCGGGCGCUUUCUCCAAGACCGCCAUCGCGCCCCUCGAGCGCCUCAAGAUAUUGUUACAGACUAGAACAAAUGAGUUCAGGUCUCUCGGAGUUCUCAGAUCCUUGAAUAAACUGAGAAAACAUGAUGGUGUCUUGGGCUUUUACAAGGGAAACGGUGCCAGUGUGUUGAGAAUUGUUCCUUAUGCUGCAUUACAUUAUAUGGCGUAUGAGCGGUACAGGUGUUGGAUCUUGAAUAACUGCCCCUCACUUGGCACAGGACCCGUGGUAGAUCUUUUAGCAGGCUCAGCAUCAGGAGGGACUGCAGUCUUGUGCACUUAUCCCUUGGACUUGGCUAGGACCAAGCUUGCCUUCCAGGUCAAUAACUCAGAUCAACCUAGCAGUGGUUUGAAAAGGCCAAAAGGUCCACCUUCAUAUGGAGGAAUAAAAGAUGUCUUUCGAGGUGUUUAUUCAGAAGGUGGAAUGCGGGCCUUGUAUCGUGGAGUAGGUCCAACGCUCAUGGGAAUACUUCCUUAUGCUGGUCUUAAAUUCUACAUAUACGAAGGGCUGAAGGCACACGUACCUGAAGAUUACAAGAAUUCUGUCACGCUAAAACUUUCCUGCGGUGCUGCAGCUGGUUUAUUUGGCCAGACUUUGACCUACCCAUUAGAUGUAGUCAGGAGACAAAUGCAGGUUCAAAGUCAUGUACAGCAUGAUCAAUUUGGUGGUCCACGAAUAACGGGUACAUUCCAGGGGCUUAAAGUCAUCAAACAAACGCAGGGAUGGAGACAAUUAUUUGCUGGUUUGAGCCUUAAUUAUAUCAAGGUGGUACCCUCAGUGGCUAUUGGUUUCACCGCCUAUGACACAAUGAAGCAUUUGCUCAAGAUACCCCCGAGAGAGAACAUAAAGUCCGAUCAAGGUUCUACCUGAAGUUUCCAUGCACAAAAGACAGCAUCCGCAGCCUAAAAAAUAGCCUAAAAAAAAGAAGACGCUUCUGCAAAGUGAAUUUGGGAAGCUUCAAGUCCAUCACUGUUACGUGGCAACUGUGUUCGCAUACUUAACCCAGCUGACAUAUUCUUUCCAUUAUAUUGUUUUCAUAUUCUCUUUUUUUUUUCCUUGGGCGGGGAUAGUUUGUCCACUAGGUGGAAUUCUGUCAUUGGAUAUUACUUGGAUGAAAUUACAAAAAUGUAGCUUUGAGCAUCA